CCCUCCCUCUGAUCCGUUAGGGUUCUACUCUUUUCUUCUUCACUCUUCUUCCCUAACACGGCACAACGAACGAGAGGCUGCAUCAGGACCCAAAACUUUUGUAUAACUAUUUGAAUGUGCAAGACAUGGAUAACAUACAAGAUAUCACACAACUGAUAUACACAUUCAAAGUUGAAGCUUUUCCUCAGGAAAUAAUACAUGAGAUCCUAUUUAGGCUACCAGUUAAAUCUUUGAUCAAUUGCACCUCAGUGUGCAAGCCAUGGAGGUCCAUGGUCAUGAACCAAAGUUUUAUCCACGCUCACUUCAGCCAUACAGUCGACUUUGCUAAUCAGAAGGACAUUGACCUCCUCCUAUUCCACAAAAUUUCUGGUAGUGGGAGCACCAUCUACUGCCACAACACAGUCAUUCACGAGGUAGAAAUCGAGGUUUACUCUUUGCAUUAUGAUAAUAAGGCUUUUGAUGUGCACUCCGAGAUAGAAUUUCCAAUUGCUCCAAAGAAAAAACUGCUCAAUCCACAUCUCCGUGUGGUUGGCACUUGUAACGGGCUAAUCUGCCUUGCGGAUGAUAUCUCCGCUUAUGGUUAUAACUUCUUUUUAUGGAACCCAACCAUCAGAAAGUUAUUGACUCUUCCCGGGCCUGGUAUUACCUUUUGGACGCAUGGUGCAUACAAUGCUUCGAUUGGGUUCGGUUUUGAUGCUAUGACCAAUGACUAUAAGGUUGUGCGACUUGUGACUUUAAUGGAUGAAGUUGAGAGGCCAACUCUAGCUGAGGUUUAUUCCCUAGCCACGGGCACAUGGAGCAGUCCUGCUUGUGUUUCUCCUACAUGUCGAAUAGAAAUGGCUGCAUCCAAUGCUUUUGUUAAUGGAAUUCUUCAUUGGCCUGUAGUCUCAAACGGCAAUCAUUGCUAUUUUAUACUGACAUUUGAUCUGGGAAAUGAGGUGUUCUGUAUGAUACCUAUGCCGAAGAUUAUCCAAUGGAACUUCAAUUUGGGAUUGCGAUUAUCUGUUUCAGAUGACAGAAAAUCUAUUGCUCUGUUCAUGAGGGAUAAGGGUCAUGAACGUCCUCAUGAAAAUUUCAUGAUAAAUAAUAGUCGUGAAGAUUCUGUUCUUGAUAUAUGGGUGAUGAAAGAGUAUGGUAGAAAGGAAUCAUGGACCAAAUUGAUUACUCUCAGUCCACAAGGUCCAGAAAGCCAUUUACCCAGCGCCUUAUGUUUUAGGAAGAGUGGGGAACGGUUUAGGAAGAGUGGGGAACCGUUUAGGAAGAGUGGGGAACCGUUUAAGUUUGGGGAACCGUUUAGGAAGAGUGGGGAACUGUUACUGCUCCGAAAGGAACGGUGGCAGGAACUAGUAGUAUCACUAGACCUUGUGAGCACACAGUUUAAAAAUCUUGGGAUUGGAUAUAAAUAUUGCACUGUUGAUUUUUAUAAAGAGAGCCUCCUCUUACUUGACAAGACUGAUGCAGAGUCGUACUAAGAGAAAGAACAGGGCAGUAGCGUCCUAUGCCUGAAGUGCCUGAUGUUUCGGUGUAUUUAGUUGACAUGCCUGAUGUCACUAUUUAUUAUUCUUCAGCUUUUGGAAAACUUUAAUGGAACUAAUGGAAGUAUCUAGUUACAAAUUUCAAUUACCUUUGCAGUUUGAAACUCUGCACCAGUUUCCAUGAAAUGCUUUUGCAGUUUUUUGUUUCAUUUUUAUUGCAUAGUUUUCCUGAGCUGAACAAUUGACAGCUGAAUCCACUUUUAACUAAGCAAUGAAGGUGAUUUGAAAUUGUACCCGCUUUUAGUUAACCGUAUGCCUGCAA